GUUCCCUUCUGCGUGACCUCUUCAUCUCUGACGAGGGUCCGGGUUACCAACUGUCACGAGUUCCUAAGUCGUCUCGCCAGCGACCCGUCACACGUAAAUUCGUCUUGAACCCUAGACGUCUCUUUCUUUCAAAAAAAAAAACAACCCCCAAACCAAAGAAAACGCCGAGGCGUCAGCUACUCUCCUUUGUUCUUUCUUGGCUGUUCGUCCCCACCGGGAGCUCACAAGAAUUCCCGGCGUACAGCCCUACAACGCUUUGUGGUCUGUGUUGAAGACUUCGCAGCCAAGAUGGCGACCGGGACGGGCAAGCACAAACUACUGAGUACUGGCCCCACAGAGCCAUGGUCAAUCCGAGAGAAGCUUUGUUUGGCAUCUUCUGUCAUGAGAAGUGGAGAUCAAAACUGGGUAUCAGUUAGCAGAGCGAUCAAGCCCUUUGCCGAACCUGGCCGCCCUCCAGACUGGUUCUCUCAAAAACAUUGUGCUUCUCAGUACUCAGAGCUCCUAGAGACUACUGAAACCCCAAAACGGAAACGGGGUGAAAAAGGAGAAGUAGUAGAAACUGUUGAAGAUGUCAUUGUUCGGAAACUGACUGCUGAGAGAGUUGAGGAACUAAAAAAGGUUAUAAAGGAAACCCAGGAGAGAUACAGGCGACUGAAGAGAGAUGCAGAACUAAUUCAAGCUGGACACAUGGACAGCAGACUGGAUGAGCUUUGCAAUGAUAUUGCAAUGAAAAAGAAAUUAGAGGAGGAAGAGGCUGAAGUAAAAAGGAAGGCUACAGAUGCUGCAUACCAGGCUCGGCAAGCAGUGAAAACACCCCCUCGGAGGUUACCAACUGUGAUGGUCCGCUCGCCCAUAGAUUCUGCAUCCCCAGGAGGUGAAUAUCCAAUUGGGGACUUGACAUCAACCAGUAUGGAAGAGGCUACCUCUGGGGUAACCCCUGGGACUUUGCCGAGUACCCCAGUCACCUCGUUUCCUGGGAUUCCUGACACCCUUCCUCCAGGCUCUGCACCCUUAGAAGCCCCCAUGACCCCAGUAGCAGAUGAUUCACCCCAGAAAAAGAUGCUUGGACAGAAAGCAACUCCACCCCCCUCCCCUCUGCUGUCAGAGCUCUUGAAGAAGGGCAGCCUCCUGCCUACUAGCCCCAGACUGGUCAAUGAGAGUGAAAUGGCUGUGGCUUCUGGCCACCUGAACAGCACAGGUGUCCUCUUGGAGGUAGGCGGGGUCCUUCCCAUGAUACACAGUGGGGAAAUGCAGCCGACAACCAAUACUGUUGCAGCCUCUCCUGCUGCCUCAGGUGCUCCUACUCUUUCCCGGCUUUUAGAAGCUGGUCCUACACAGUUCACCACUCCUCUUGCUUCCUUCACUACUGUUGCCAGUGAGCCUCCAGUUAAACUUGUGCCACCCCCUGUAGAAUCUGUGUCCCAGGCUACCAUUGUCAUGAUGCCUGCGCUGCCAGCACCAUCCUCUGCUCCGGCUGUCUCCACUCCUGAAAGUGUAGCUCCAGCAGUGAGUCAGCCUGACACCUGUGUUCCAAUGGAGGCUGUGGGGGAUCCACAUACUGUGACUGUUUCCAUGGAUAGCAAUGAAAUCUCCAUGAUCAUUAAUUCUAUCAAAGAAGAAUGCUUCCGAUCAGGGGUAGCAGAGGCUCCUGGAGGAUCGAAGGCUCCAAGCAUAGAUGGAAAGGAAGAUUUAGAUUUGGCUGAGAAAAUGGAUAUAGCAGUGUCUUAUACAGGUGAAGAGUUGGAUUUUGAGACUGUUGGAGACAUCAUUGCCAUCAUUGAGGACAAGGUAGAUGACCACCCUGAAGUGUUGGAUGUGGCAGCUGUUGAAGCAGCACUGUCAUUUUGUGAAGAAAAUGAUGAUCCUCAGUCCCUGCCUGGCCCUUGGGAGCACCCAAUCCAGCAGGAUCGGGACAAGCCAGGACCUCUUCCUGCACCAGAGAUGACAGUCAAGCAAGAGAGGUUGGAUUUUGAGGAAACAGAAAACAAGGGAAUCCAUGAACUGGUAGAUAUCAGAGAGUCAGGUGUUGAGAUUAAAGUGGAACCUGCAGACCCGGAGCCAGGCAUUUCAAGAGCUGAAAUAGUAGCUGGGGUUGGCCCCGCCUCAAGUAUGGAGCCACCAGAACUCAGGAGUCAAGACUUAGAUGAAGAGCCCAGGAGUACUUCAACUGGAGAAAUUGCCGAAGCAGAUGGAUCCAGUGGGAAAGGCCAUGAUGAGAUACCACUUACAGCUGUAAAAACAGAGGCAUCUCCUGAAAGUAUGUUGUCUCCAUCACAUGGCUCAAAUACUAUUGAAGAUCCUUUGGAGGCAGAGAAUCAACACAAGUUUGAAAUGUCAGACUCAUUGAAAGAAGAAUCAGGGACUAUUUUUGGAAGCCAGAUAAAGGAUACCCCAGGUGAGGAUGAAGAGGAAGAUGGAGUCAGUGAAGUGGCUAGCCUCGAAGAACCUAAGGAAGAAGAUCAAGGAGAAGGCUAUUUGUCAGAAAUGGAUAAUGAGCCCCCUGUGAGUGAGAGUGAUGACGGCUUUAGUAUACACAAUGCUACGCUACAGUCACACACCCUGGCAGACUCCAUCCCCAGCAGCCCUGCUUCUUCACAGUUCUCUGUCUGCAGUGAGGAUCAAGAAGCCAUUCAGGCUCAGAAAAUCUGGAAGAAAGCUAUCAUGCUUGUGUGGAGAGCUGCAGCAAAUCAUAGGUAUGCCAAUGUCUUCCUGCAGCCUGUUACAGAUGACAUAGCACCUGGCUACCAUAGCAUUGUACAGAGGCCUAUGGAUUUGUCAACUAUUAAGAAAAACAUUGAGAAUGGACUGAUUCGCAGCACAGCUGAGUUUCAGCGUGACAUUAUGCUGAUGUUUCAAAAUGCUGUAAUGUAUAAUAGCUCAGACCAUGAUGUCUAUCACAUGGCAGUAGAAAUGCAGCGGGAUGUUUUGGAGCAGAUUCAGCAAUUCUUAGCCACACAAUUAAUUAUGCAAACAUCUGAGUCUGGGAUCAGUGCUAAAAGUCUUCGAGGGAGAGAUUCUACCCGCAAACAAGAUGCUUCAGAAAAGGACAGUGUCCCCAUGGGCUCUCCUGCCUUCCUUCUCUCUCUUUUUGAUGGGGGAACCAGGGGACGUCGUUGUGCCAUUGAAGCAGAUAUGAAGAUGAAAAAGUGAAGCCUCAGAAUACCCUCUUUAAACUGAACCUGAAAUCACGUAAACAGGAUAGAGCUUGGGCUUGUGGACUCAGUGCCAUACUUGAUCUUAGCCAAAAGGCCAAGAAGCAAUGUGGGCGCAGUUCCAGAAGUGGGAGUUCAUGGAAGAGGAGUUGUCUGGGCCAAAUGACAUGAGCUGAGAAGAUCUCUUUCAGAGAGCUGUAGUAGCACAGUUGCCUGUUUUAGGGCAAAAAUCAUGGGCUGUGUUAAUGCCCUCAUAUGUAGCUAGCUGACUUAGCUAAUUUGUACUGUCUUGUGAAGUGUACAGACUUUAAAAAAACAACAACCUGUGAAGUGUGUGUGUAUAUACAAUAAACAAAAAGAAAAUUCUAGUC